CGAGAUUAAUUAAGCUUAGCUGCCAAACUAGCAAGGCAUUUACACAGAUUUUGCAGGAAGAUUCCAGGCAACCAAUGCUACGUCCCAUCAAAGCUAUACCCCUUUACCAAAUCCAUUCCUUUCUCUCUCAUCUUAUAGAGAGAGAGAAUAAUGAGAAACUGUUGGGCUGCAGAAGAGCUAACAUGAAGUUGUCGGUUGUUCAGCAGAGGAACCCCAUCAUCAUCUGAAAUUUUUGGCUCCCUUCAACGUUUGUUCUUUAUAGGUUUUUUGACGGAUCUGAGGAGACACAAAACCCUGUCUUCUUUAAUUUACUCUCCCCCCCUUCUCCCUCCACUGCAUUAGCUCCUGAAUCAGUGCUCCUGAAACUAUAUACCCUACAGUUUUCGAAUCAAAUAUAAUCCACUGUUCCCUGUGGCUACCAGUACUCAUAAUCUCCUGUUUCGAGGGGUCCCAUAAAAGCUUUCAAGAUUCUCUUGAAUGUUUUAGCUUGAAGCCGGACAACAUAGCUGCCAUUUUAUGUGGGUGCGGUUUCUUAAUCCCACCAUCCAUCACUUUACUACGUAGUAAUAGGAAGAGGUUUGUCAUUUGUGACUUUAAUUUGUGGGUUUGGCACUAACAACUAACAAGAGUGUCGACAUCAAAGGAUAAACGUACGGAUUGGUCUGAGAAAAAUUGCAGAUUAAUGGUGUAUUAAGGUAAGUUCGGAGAUAUCAAGAAUCAAUGGAGGUGAGAGGUAGCAGCCAACAACAAAAGGAUAUGAGAAUACUACAAAACUCUAUUGGCGGCGGCUAUCCAUCUUCAAGAAUCAGUCAUCAUCGUCUUCAAGAACCGCUGUCUUCUUUGGAUAGAAGAAACAAUGGUUUGAUUAUUGAGAAUCAUCAUCCUAUGCAAACCCUAGAUCAACUUCACCUCGCUCAAGAUGAUGAGGCUGCGAAUCCAGAUCCAGAUCCGGGUGUUCUUCCAGCUGGGCCGGGGAAUAGCGCCGCCGUGGCGGCGCCGCCGCAAGUGCUGCCGGAAACUUCCGCCAAUGGCUCUGGGAAUUCAGUUAGGUACAAAGCGUGCCUCAAGAACCAUGCGGCUAGCAUGGGGGGACAUGUGAUCGAUGGGUGUGGAGAAUUUAUGCCCAGCGGCGAAGACGGCACUCCGGACGCCCUGAAAUGCGCCGCCUGUGACUGCCACCGCAAUUUCCACCGGAAAGAAAUCGACGGCGAAGCCCCGCCGCCGCCCUAUUUCCCAUUUACUCCAGCAAUAAACAACCACCAUCAUCGUGUUCACACUCCACAUUCCGCUCCGGUGGCAAUGCCUCCCCGGAACCUCCACCACUACUCCCACGGUCUGCAGGUGCCGCCGGUAAUGAUGGCAUUUGGCGGCGGCGCUCCGGCGGAAUCUUCCAGCGAAGAUCUCAACCUGUUUAACCACGCCCGAGGACAGGUUUUACACAAUCCCUCGCCAUUUUCAGUGUCGAGAAAGCGGUUUAGGACGAAAUUCACGCAGCAACAGAAGGAUAGCAUGCAUGAAUUUGCAGAAAAGCUCGGGUGGAAGAUCCAGAAGCAAGAUGAGCAACAAGUGCUGCAAUUCUGCAGUGAAAUGGGCAUAAAAAGGCAAGUGUUCAAGGUGUGGAUGCACAACAAUAAACAAAAUUUCAAGAAGCCACAAAUGUAAGCCAUAAAAUACAUGUGUGAAUUUAACUUCUACUGUGCUUAGAACUUAUCCAUUGUGCAUAAUUGCAUAGAAGUAGCUAGAGCUACAAAAAUAACUUCUUUUUUUUUUU